UCGUCUUUGUUACAUUAACACGACAUCGCUUAGCGUACCCAUCGUGUUUACGUGCGCGUACCUUUGCUUCUUUUAAAGAGGAGGGGAAGAAAUUGUUGAUAUUAUAAGUUUGAAGUGUGUAUUACAUAACUGCAUUUAUUUGUUGUUGUGUUAUUGCACUGAACACAGAGCUUACGGCAAGUUUUGAGAAGUUUGCAUAAAAAGCGUGUGAAUUCAGACGCGUAGAGCGCUGCCCACUUCGCUGAAUUCAAGGCCACAGCAGCCUCUGGGGUUCCCGCGGUCGCCGCACACCGGGAUCACUGCCGAAUUAUUCACUCCUCCGCCGCCGGUCAGCCUCGACGGACGCAGCUCCACCCACCAGCCUCAGCGAUGCUCCGCGCGCCGACCGUCAUCCACUACCUGUUGUGAAUCGAACUCUACCGCGUUGCCUUCGUACCGGUUACGAUAUAAAAAUGUGGCGAAUCGUUUUUUUGUAUAUUUGUGUUUGUGCUAGUGCCAAUAAUGACUUUCCAACCUUUCGCAAGUGUUGCCCGGAGGGCCAGAAUCUGAUAAAAGUGAUGAACCCGGAUGUUGUAAAUCUUGAAGAUUCGUACGAAUGCCUCGAUAGUGCAUUUGAAACCGUUUACAAUAUUACCAAUCCAAAGCCUACUCUUUUUGUGUCCGAAGGCGUUACUGUAGAGUAUGGUAUGCCUAUGGAAUGUGAUUUUGAAAUGAUUCCUUAUGAUGGUAAUAUUCAAUUAUCUGAAAGCAGUAAUUAUUGCUAUGAUAGACUCGUUGUGGAAAUAAUCAAUGGGACGGUGAAAAAAGUGAUUCCUAAGACAAUAGCUUUAGUGUGCAAUGGAACUGAGCUUAACAAUGAAUCUAGCGUAAAAGUCACUAAUAUCCGGAAGUGCUGUCCACCUGGACAGACGUAUGACACCGAGUUUCAUAUGUGCAGAAGAGGCGGUGAAGGUUACGAUGAGAGGUGGUUGAUAGAAAAGCUUCAAGCGUUUAGUGGCGUGGUUUAUGAAUUCGACGAUGGACUUCAAUGCAAGUCAGCUGAAUAUGCUGUAGAAUUGAGAGAAGAGAAGUUCUUUAUAGUUUUAUUGGAGAGCAGAUUAGAUAUUUCGAACCGUAACCGAGAGGGUGGUGGUGGACAGUCUCCUCAAGGCAAUUGGUGCGUGGACCGGGAGUACAAUAGUCGGGGGCUGGUGGCACGGGUGUGCACUGAGGAUUGCUCCAGCUUUGAUGCCUUGUGUGUUAGAAAGUGCUGCCCAGUAGGACAACACUACUUGCCUUUCCACUGUGGAACACUAGCUGGUCGGUGUGUGCCUAAUAAAGAUGACAAGGUGUUGUAUGACUUAUCCGAUUAUGUCCGUCGAACGAAGAGCAAAUACGGAGUUGGAGAUAUAAUGGGGUUACGGUCAGAUAUACAGUGCAAGAGCGGCAAGAUAUCGCUGAACAGGUCGUAUCCUUCUGACUGGCACCACCUCACCAGGAAAGGUGACAUGGAAAGUGCCUUAGGAGUGCGGAGCGACUACUGCCUCGAAGUAUUUGACACCAGCUUCUGCGGGGUGGAUCCGUACGUGUCGGCCGUCACGUGCUUCAUCAAGGAGGCGCUGAUAAAGGACUUCAGGUUGUCGUUUGUGCUUAAUAGCCUGUCAGCCGUGUGCCUGGCUCUGACGCUGAUAGUCUACUGCGCGAUCCCGGAGCUGCGAAACCUGCACGGGAGGAACCUGAUCUGCCACGUCAGCAUGAUGCUGCUGGCGUACUCGUGUCUCGCGCGCGCACAGUACGAGUUCGUCAGUAAUCGGACCCUCUGCACUGUUCUAGGGUACGGGAUCUACUUUGGCUUCGUGUCGGCGUUCGCCUGGCUUAACGUCAUGUGUGCCGACAUCUGGUGGACAUUUGGGAGCGUCCGUACUGUCAACCCUCUCCAGAAGGGCAGCGCAGGCCGCCGCCGGUUCUGCUGGUACUCCCUCUACGCGUGGAGCGUGUCUGUCAGCCUCACCCUCAUAAUGUUCCUGUUCGACAAGUUUCCAGUGGCUGACGUUCUAGACGCAAACAUGGGCAUGUAUAGAUGCUGGUUUGCAGCUGACCAAAACGCCGAGUCGGACUGGCCGCAUUACAUCUUCUUCGUGAUCCCGUUGGGCCUGGUGUCGUGUUCUAACUUCGUGCUGUGGGUGCUGACGGCGCGGCACUGCUCUCGCGUCAAGUCCGAGGUGCACAGGCUGCAGGCUGGCUCCGUCGGUGACCGGGUCAAGAGACGCUUCCGAAUCGACAAGGCCAAUUUUGUGCUGACGGGGAAGUUGUGGGUAGUGAUGGGUGCUGGGUGGUGUUCCGAGCUUCUUUCGACCCUCGCCUUCAACCCUGACCAGUGGAUAUGGACAAUUGUCGACAUGGUCAACGAGCUGCAAGGCGUGUUCAUCUUCAUCAUCCUCAUCUUUAAACCGAAGCUGUACUACCUCAUCAGAAAGAGGCUUGGGCUGGAGAAACCUGACGCGCAGAAGAACGGCACCUCAUCGACGGCUCGCACCUCCUCCACCUUCUUGUCCAGGACCAUCAGCUCAGACGAGCGCGCGCACGCCCGCGUCUCACUCCCUAACAACAACGCUAAGCAACUCUGAAUGUUCCACACGUUUUCCUCACAGACGGUGUUUUUUAACUAACAUCCAUGACCUUCCACUCCACUUUUCAUCCCUAGGGUAGUGAGCGAAACAAUCGCAUGCGACCAAAUAAUUUGACUCGAUGUUAAUUAAUAGUUAUUUAAGGUUACUUUACCUAGCUACAGUCGCAAGCAAGGUAGACUACCUUUUUUUGCAAAAUCAUACUUAUUACAACUGCGUUAGAUUGCCACACUUUGUUUGCGUGGUCGACGCAAGUUCACCGUCCCUGCCCUAGGUUGUGCCUACUUUAAAUUCAUUCGUAACAACAGACUGCCAUUUACUGCCAAUGUGUCUCGCAAUGUACCUAUGCCUACUUCAAAUGAUAACGUAGGUACAUGGUAAUUGAAAGAAAAGUAGUCAUAAGUGAAAACUUGUGGAAAGUCGUGGAUAAACCAAUUGCAAUAAAAGCACUGCUGCACCCAAGUAACUAAAGAUGGUAGAGCAGCAUGGUAUGUUCCAGCAAGAGGAUCCUAAUUAAACUACCAAGUUAAAUAACUUAUACGAGUAGUAAGAGCUUAACUUCCCAAUAUACAGGGUGGAAACGAUAAGUGAUCUCACUCGAUUAUUUCUAAACUAUACAAGAUAUCAAUAAACUAGUUACUGAUUCUGUA